AUGAUUCUACACAACGAGGCUGUCUCUUCCCACACGUUGACUGUCACCGUACUGAAGGCAGAAAACAUUCGCGCAAAAGACUUUGGGUCAGAGUCUGAUUGCUAUGUCACGCUGAUUCUCCCACCUGCAAUUGUUUUCAAGACAACUACUGUGGAAAAUGACAAAAACCCAGAAUGGAACCAAAGCUUCAAUUUCACACUCCACAAUAAUUUCCAGACUACUCUCCAGAUUCAUCUGUAUGAUGAGGACCCCCUGUUUGAUGAAUUGAUUCAAACAAUGGUGAUUGAUAUCAGCACACUGACAGAAGGGAAAACGGAAAUCAAGGAAUUUGCCAUCCAACCUGAGGGUAAACUUUGGAUCGCCUUUACGAUCAAGGAGAGUGAGAGGAAAGCUGUGAGCACUUUCAAAGGCUUUUCUUUGGGGAAGGAAGGGGUUUCUUACUGGAAAUUAAAUGUGACUGUACUAAAAGCCAAACUGGGUGAUUCCAAAGAUUACUUUUCGGAGUCAGACUGUUAUGUCAGUCUUUAUCUUCCUACGGCAAAUGCAAGUGCAUUCAACACAAAAACAGUGCAGAAUAACAACAAUCCGGAAUGGAAUGAAACGUUUACCUUCAGGGUGCCCUCCCAUCUGAAAAAUGUUUUAGAGAUCAGGCUGCUUGACGAGGACCCCGUUUCAGAUGACCUCCUGUCAAUGACUAUGUACGAUCUCAGCAACCUCACACUUGGCAAGAAAGAAAGAAUAGCAUUCAAUUUAAAUUCUGAGACAACAAACCAAAUUUUAAUCCUGUUUGAAAUGCUCCAAAGCGAGGAGCCUCCAAGUGACUAUGUCAGUAAUGGCAUUCUCCUGGCUCCCCCGUUCUCUGCGUUGGACGUCAACGUCGACAAACUUCUAAACAAUUAUGAUUCCCUGGGUAAAACGAUAAAGCUUUGUGGGGCCUGUCCCGAGAAUCAGAGUUUAACAGCAAAGGAAGCCACCAGGCUGCGUUUUUUCAUUAACAGAGACUUGGCGACCGAACUUGGACUGGCUACCUCUGCUGUUGAUGCCCCCUCGAGUGUGGCAAGGCUUCAGCCACUACCACCUGAACACACUUGCAAAGUGUCUCUUGUUAUUGAUCAGGACACCGUGGAUUUAGAUGUUGAGACACAUGAGUGCGUCGAUGACCAUAUUGCAGUCCGUCUGGAUUUUGACAUUCCACCGCAAGAGAAAGAAUUUUUGAAGAAGAGGAAGUUAAUUGUGGGGCAGAAUAUGCAAAAGCUCUUUGGCCUUGACUCUCCACCAUCAGCAAGCCAGGUGCCAACUAUAGCAGUGGUGGGUUCAGGGGGAGGAUCCAGAGCAAUGACAAGCCUGUUGGGCAGUCUAAAAAGCCUCAAGGAAAUACAAGUCCUCGAUAUUGUAUCUUAUAUCACAGGAGUGUCUGGAUCGACUUGGACUAUGAGUGCCUUGUUCAGAGAUGCAAACUGGUCACAGGACGGCAUCGAUCGUGUCAUCGCUGAAAUAAGAAAAGAGAUCUGCAAGGAUGCCCUGAGUAUCUUAACUCUGGAAAAAAUGGAAUACUAUAGGCGCGAAAUGGAAGAAAAAAUUAAGGAAGGACAUAUUUUAUCCCAUACUGAUUUGGCAGGCCUGCUGUAUGAACAAACUGUUUUUGGCGAGAAAGUGGUCAAUACGCUCUCUGAGCAACGGAAGACGGUAAAUGAAGGCCAAAAUCCUUUGCCCAUAUACACUGCUGUCAAUAUGAAGGAGAGGAUGGGCUGUGAAUCAGAAGCUGAGUGGUGCGAGUUCACCCCCUAUGAGGUUGGCUUUCAAAAGUAUGGUGCUUUCGUGCGUGCUGAAGACUAUGGCAGUCAGUUCUUCCUUGGUCAUCUCAUCAGAAAACUCCCAGAAAUCCGCAUCUCUUAUCUGAUUGGAAUAUGGAGCAGUUUCUUUGCAGUCACCAUGUCUCAAUUAAUGACCCACGCCAGUGAUGAGACCGUAAGCGGACCACAUAUGGACAACAAAGAGCCUGAAAACGAGCCGUUGACUCUUGAUACACAACAUAUGGAGCCAUCCUCAGUCGUCUCCAGAAUCAUCAGUGACGUCUUAAUGAAUCGCCCAUUUAGUUCUAAAGAAUACAACUUCAUGCAUGGUCUCUUUCUGCACUCAAGCUACAAUACACAUAGCAACUUCACAGCCUGGAAAGAAUCACACCCUGAUGCUUUUGCAAACUUACUGACACCCAGCGAUUCGUUUCUGCAGCUUAUUGAUUCUGGUCAUUGCAUCAACAUCGGCUGUGCGCCCGUCCUACGUCCUGAGAGAGAAGUGGACAUUUUCAUUUGUUUUGAUAAUUCUUGGACCCCAAGCGACAUCUUCAAGGAACUGAAGUUGACAGCGUCUUACUGUCAAGACCACGACAUGCCCUUCCCUCGUAUCGAUUUUACCACCCUGGAAGAACAACCUCAGAGAGAGGUUUACAUUCUUGAAGAUAUGGAGAAUCCUAAGGCACCAGUUGUGAUUUACUUCCCACUUGUCAAUGAUUCAUUCAGAUAUUUCAAAGAACCAGGUGUGAAACGCGAGACUGCAGAAGAAAUAAAAGCUGGAGAGGUGGAUGUGAAGAGCAGCAACUCCCCUUUCAAGACUGAAGAACUUGUCUACUCUCCGGAAAAUUUUGACAGUCUCGUGAACUUAACUGCCUAUAAUGUGGCCAACAACAAGGAAAUCAUCAUUGAAACCUUGCGUAAGGUCUUGAAAUCUAAAAUGGAUAUUAAGAUAUAAGUCAGACCGUGUGAACAGUUGAGAUUUAUUCAUUUAACCUUGAGUGAUUAAAAUCAGUAGAGUAGACGAUAUUUAAAAGAGAUUAAAAAUAAUAUACACUGCAUUGUACCACAUUGAGAUUCACAACUAGCCUAAAAUAUAGACCAAUUUUUUUGUCCCGCAUAUCUUGUUCAGGCUCAUGUGGAACUGAAGCCUCUCCCAGGUGAGUUUGAGCAAAAGGUGGGAAACAUACACCCUGAGACUGCUCACCAGUUAAUCACAAGACACCAAUAGAGACAGAAAGCAGUUUGCAUUCAUAUCAUCACCUCCGGCACCAAACUCACGCUGCCAGCACUAAAGUCUUGGGAUUGUCCACCAUUCAUUUUUUUUUCUAAAACAAUUUCCAUCAACAUAUUUAAACGUGUUGCUCAUGGGCCAACGAAGAAAUUAUUACAUUUUGUUGUGGAAACCACAAGUGACGUCGUUUUUAGCCUCACAGUCAAGAACUUUUUGGGUUGAAGGAUCCCUUGAAGGGAACCCAGAGAACCACAAAAUAAUGCGGCAAUUGAACAUGCAUUUCCCUAAGUGUCACUUAAAAUUGAAAAGUUACCGGUAAGCAUGUUGAGGAAAAAAGAAAAAAAGAACACUUCAUUUUUAAUUGUGAUUCUAUAAUUUGUUUUUCCAGACAAAUCAUUCAGUCAAUAAAUACAUUCACUCGCAGAAGCAGAGGGAUGUGCUUUGUUUAGUCACUUGUUUGUAUCAUCAUGUAAUCAAAUAAAGGUGUGUGCACUGGCUUCAA